GGUUAACUAGGCCUAGUCCUAGUAAAAUCAAGCCCAAGACUUAAGUCCAUUCUUUCCACUGGGGGGCGUCAUUGUACAGCCAUUACAGUCACAGUACAACAAAACCUUUACAAAGAUAUCCACUGUGUCAAGUUAAUAAAAUAUCAAUGCUACUUCCACCAACAGCACCCAUUGCUUUAAAUAUAUAUAUAUAAAUUAUUUAAAGAAAACACAUUUUAGCCCUUACAGCAAAUGCAUUGCAAUUUAGCACAUUACAUCAUAUUAAAACUCCACACGCCAUUAAACUAAACUUCCAUGCUUCAGUUCAUUUGUUGUACUUUACUCUGUUUAUGUCUCUUCUAUUUUCAUCUAAGGUGUCGCCUCUGGUACCUGGACUGGCCCACAUUUGAUCCAAAAUAGCAGUGCUAAUAUAUGAAUUUGUUUGAACAGCAGAUUGUGUGCAGGUCUGUGGUAUAUAAAUAUAUACACAGGGUCUUUACCCAAGCAGCUCACAGGUACCUUUUCGUUUCCCAAGUACUAAUGUGGUUAAAAUCUAGCUUUCUUUCCAAACAACGUUUUAUGCAAAAACCAUGGAAAGUGACGGUGGUCUUUAAAAGAUAUUUUACAGUUUUAAGACCGAAUGGAUGGGUGACAACAUCUGUGUUUAAGCACCUGGCCUAAACUGAUGGAAAGAAUAAAGAUAGUUUUAGGUUUUUUUUACUCUAACACUAUAAGGAUAUUGCACAGACAUCAUGUUAAUGUAAAGUCAAUUGACUCUUCUAAAUAACUCAAUGCAUGACAGGAGUGAAAAUAAAGACUUCUUCGUCUGUGUUAUUUGUGGAAGUCUAUGGAACGGCACUGGGAUUGGAGGCAUGGGGCCACUUGGCUGUUCUUUGAAGAUGGUUUCAAACUCCUCCCUCGCUCCGAUGCCCGUCUCUCAUUCUGCUGGAGGAAGAUUGUACGUCACUGUGGGUGCGCAUAUAAAAUUGUCUUUGGCUGCAUCCAGCCGUCUGUACACUGAUGUCGCAGCGCUGCACUGUAAUUUGUGUUGGUGAUGAGAGCGUUUCAGGCUCAUUUUAAGUUUGCAAAAUUCCUCGUGAAGACUGACUAACUCUGUCGAGAUCCAGAAGCCGUACUGUUGGAUUUUUGCACUCGCUGCUUGCCUUGGUGUGCUGUUACCAUGAAGACAUGGAGGUGUGGAUUACUGAUGGCUUGUGUUUUCCUGCUGCACAUCCGGGGAUUCCAGCAAGAGGAAAAUCAAGCCGGUUGUAGCACAACACCAAAUGACCUUGCGUACAUCAUCGAUGGCUCCUCGAGCUUGGGGGUCCCCAAUUUUGAAACGGCCAAACAUUGGCUCAUCAACAUCACCAGCGGCUUUGACGUGAGCAGCAUGCACACUCAGGUGGCGGUCGUCCAGUACAGCGACACGCCUCGUCUGGAGAUUCCUCUGGGAAAGCAUCAGAACAACCAGGAACUCAUUCAGGCCAUCUCCUCCAUCUCGUACCUGGGGGGCAACACGCGGACGGGUCGCGCCAUCAGGUUCGCCACGGACCACGUCUUCGGGAUGCCUAACCACACCUCCCCGUUUGCCAGAAACCGCAUUGCCGUGGUUCUCACAGAUGGGCGUUCACAGGAUGAUGUUGAGGAUGCUGCCAUGGAGGCCAGAGCUCAGAACAUAGUUUUGUUUGCAGUUGGCGUGGGAAAUGAAAUCACCAACACUGAGCUGGUGUCCAUGGCUAACAAGCCGUCCUCUACCUAUGUGCUGCAUGUGGAGGACUACAACUCCAUCUCAAGCAUAUGGGACCUGAUGGAGCAGAAAAUCUGCGAGGAGUCUGUGUGUUCGAGUCGAAUCUCUGGGACGGUGAAUGAUCAGAGGGGUUUUGAUCUGAUGAAUCUGAUGAACAUAGAGCUGAUGUCACAGACGGUUCAGGGUUCUCUGAUAUCGGAGAAGGCGUCAAUGCUCAGCACUCGUAUGGACAUCACUUACGACACCAGAAAGAUAUUUCCAAAAGGCCUCCCACCGGCCUAUGUGUUUGUAGCCACAUUGCGCUUGAAGAGCCCAGCUCACCGGCUGAAGUUUGAUCUCGUGAGGGUGUUAUCUCAGGACGGAGUCAAACAGAUGGCUGUGACUGUGAAUGGAGCGGACAAAUCAGUCACAUUUACCUGCACCAGCACCCUUAACAAAGAGCAGACUGCUGUAUUUAAUGACCGAGGGAUAAAGAGGCUCUUUGACACAAAUUGGCACCAGCUGAAGUUCCUGGUAAGACCCAGACGCAUCACGUGCUUCAUCGACGGCGCAUAUGUGGAGGAACAGCUGCUGGAUACGGUGGUGCCCAUCUAUAUUAACGGGAAGACUCAGGUGGCCAAGAAAGUCAAUAUAGAGACAACAGUCCCUAUUGUGCUCCAGAAGUUAAGAGUUUACUGUGACCCAAUGCAAAGUGAACGGGAGACGGCUUGUGAAAUUUUUUCUGUGGAUGAUGACAGGUGUCCUUUGGAUCGCUCUCUCUCUGUAGAGGGAUGUGAUUGUCCUGGUGGUAAACCAGGCUUGCCCGGAUUACCAGGACCUAUGGGCUUCAGAGGAGAGAAAGGCAGAGAAGGACCGCCUGGUCCUGACGGUAAACCUGGUAAGCCAGGGGAGAAGGGGGCAUCUGGACAGCCUGGUCAAGAUGGACAAAAAGGUGAAGCCGGAGAACCGGGACAAAAGGGGGAACGGGGGCUGGAUGGAGCCAGAGGAGAAAUGGGGCUGCCAGGUCCACCGGGGCCAAUGGGUCCAUCAGAGCCCACUGGCUCUGGAUUUUCCAAGUUGAACUUAGGCGACUAUGAAAUCCAUGAAAUCAAGGGAAUUGCAGGAGAGCAGGGGGAAAUGGGACCACCAGGAAAACCUGGACCAAUUGGUGAACCUGGGCUACCUGGUCUACCUGGGCUUGCUGGUCCUAAGGGAGAGAAAGGAGAUGAAGGAGCUGCGGGUUCUGACGGAGAACCAGGAAUCCCUGGUAUACAGGGACUUCCUGGAGAGGUGGGCCCUGUUGGACCUCAGGGCGAGCGUGGUACACCAGGACCGGCGGGUUUUACGGGACCAAUGGGACAGCAGGGACCGCCAGGCCCAGCUGGCCCACCGGGUAGAGAAGGCCCUGCUGGUCCAAAGGGAAAUUCUGGGUUACGUGGACACGAUGGCCUUUCUGGACUGCCGGGUGCUAAAGGUUUAGACGGAGAGCCAGGCGUUCAAGGUCCACCUGGCAUUAGAGGUCUACCAGGCUUUAAAGGUCAUAAGGGUGAUGAUGGCUCAAUCGGACCAAAGGGAAGUCAGGGCGAGAGGGGCACCCAAGGACAACCUGGAGCUUCUGGACAAAAUGGUGAGCCGGGAUCCAAAGGAAACAAAGGAGAGCCUGGUGUAGCAGGGGACCCCGGGAGCAGAGGGGCGAAUGGGAUGAAGGGUGACAUGGGUCCAUCAGGGCCACCCGGAUCUCGUGGGUCUUCGGGUCUUGAUGGGUCACCAGGGCAACCAGGAAUUCCAGGUUACCCAGGGAAACCUGGCAAGCCACCUUCAGAGGAACAGCUAAUGAAGAUCUGUGCAUCUGUGCUGCAAAAUCAGCUGCCACAGCUCCUUCAGGUGAUGGGACAACAAAGUUGCCAACAGUGUGAAACCAGAAAAGGACCACCAGGUGAUCCAGGCUCUCCUGGUUUAAAGGGCUCACAGGGAUCACCAGGGGAACCUGGCACGGCAGGAACUCCAGGCUACCCGGGUCCACCAGGGAGGAGGGGACCAGAAGGGGUUAAAGGUGAUAUUGGGCCAAUGGGUAUGAAAGGUGCCAAAGGACACGGUGAAGUUGGGUUGCCAGGUCCACCUGGUCCAGCAGGUUUGCAGGGCCCACGUGGAAGUGAUGGUGAGGGAUAUUCUGGUCCUUCUGGUCCGCCAGGCAAACCUGGCACACCAGGCAUUCCAGGCAAACGUGGGUCUCCAGGAUCCAUGGGUGUUUGUGACCCCUCGUCUUGUUAUCAAUCCUAUGGUCUUCAGGACGAUCCUUUUAGGAAAGGACCUAACUUUUAACAGCAGGACAGUGGGAUCUAAAGGCCAGUUCACACUGGUCCAACUCCAACAACCCCCAACAUUUUAAAGUCUCAUUUACUUUGAUCCAACAACUGCCAACAGGGGACUUUAACAGAUGAGUCUUUUGGCAUUUGUUGGAUCAGUUAGUCCUUGAUUUUGUGGUAUGUUUCCUAAAAAAUGAGAUGGAAUAUGUGGGAUAUUUUUGCAAUUUUAUGCGAUGGAAUUGCGGGAAGUUUUUCUCGAGGGACUGAUCAGUGUGAAUUGGCCUUUACUGAUUGUUGUCAGCAUUGACCUCAAGAACUGUAAACCUCUAAAGAUCAUUGACUUUAAUUAUGUGAUGUGUGUGUGUUUUCUGUCAGAGUCUUGUACUGCGUGUGAUGCAGUUCCUGUUUUUUUAAUUUUGAUGAUUAAUUAUGUUUACAGUAAAGCGUUGGGUUGAUGAGGGACAAACCCAUUUUUUUUUCUUUUUGAACCAUAACAUUAAUAUGCUGAAACAACCCAUGCUGGGUUCAAAACGACCAAUUUUAAUUUUUUAGUGAAUACCUUUCAAGAUGCCUUUAAAAUGUUUAUACUGUAUCCACUGCACUGCCCUAGCCAAGCUACCUCUGUACGGGAUGUGAAGCAAUUUUUGUUGGCUAUACUACGACACCAGUACAUUCACUUCUGCUCAGUGGCUUUUCUUGAUUUACGUAAAAUGUUUGUUUUGCUAAAAAUGUUUUUAUUUAAUUAUACUUUUAAUCAGUGGCGGACGAUGACUCCUUUUUCGAGGGCGCACGAUGCGAAGCUCGUCACAACAAUGUAUUUAGCCCAUCAUGUGUCUGCUGCAGACGUUUCAAAGGGGUUUAUGAUAAAAGAGACGCUCGCGUUUGCCAGAUACUCGCUUACUGUAAUCUCAUGUGUAAUCAAAGUUGACUGUUAAAUGAGUGUUUUGCGAGUAUUUUGUGAAAGUGAGCGUCUCUUUAAUCAUAAACCUUUUGGGCAUAUGUGAGCAACAGACACUUAUUUUGACAUCGCAUGUGAUGCACAUGGUGCGUCAGUUUGUGUUGGAAAGUGGUGGGGAGAAAAGAUCAGAGAAAAAAACAUUACAGCAGCAGGAUGGGAAACAUAAUGAAUAAUGGCGCAUCAAAAAUGGGCAUAGCGUAGGCCAGUCAACAACACGAAAAUACUCAGCAUAAAACCCUCAACAAUGUCGACUGCACAUGUAAUGCAGGGUUCGCGGUAGACGCGGCAAGCGCGAGUGAUUUACAUGUUAAGUCAAUGCAAAGACGCGAUUAGGCAUCCUGGGGCACGGUACACGCGGUAAGCACACGCGGUAACAGUGCAUUCACACGGGGCGUAAGCGUUAAUGCUUCCCAUUCACUUUUAAUGGGUGACGUCAUGUGUUGCUCAGUGCCGUUGCUCACGGCAGAAGUUGAACAUUUCCGAACUUUUCAAGCGGCAGCGCCUGCGUCAGCCAAUCAGAUCACCAUAUACAAAUAACCUAGGCAGAGCCAGCCAAUUACGUUUAUAGAAGACUGGAGCAUAGGUUGCAGGCACUGUGAUUGGCUGUUGGCCACGCUUUAGUCAAGCCUUCCGUUAAGCGUUUAUGCAUACACCCCGUGAAUGUACCGUAAUGACGAAUUGAGCGUUGUCGCGGGAAACGUGCAAGUUGAAAAAAGUGAACUUCGGUGGAAUUCCGCGCCGCGUUAACCAAUCAGGACCUUCCUGAAGUAGUGACGUGAUUACAGGAAGCGAGCGGAGUGGCAGAGUCUCAGCGGAGUCGCAGAAGCCCCUCCCAUGACGCGAAUUUCUGCGUGAAUGUCUCGAAUGACUAGAAUUUCACACACGGCUUUCACGCGCGAAUGAAGCGAGUGAACUCAAAUGUUCAAGCAUUCAACUACACGCGAAUAACGUGUUUUUGCCGCCUCUACCGCAGCUGGUGGGAAUGCACCAUAAUGCAGCGUUUACACCAACCGCGUUUGAGGCGUCAAAAUCGCGCCUAGUUUGCCGCUUGAACAGUUUGAAUGCAUUCAAAAAAGCAAAAAUUUGAUGCGCGUCAGAGGCAAAAUCCGCUUCUUGUGGGAGGGCCAAGUGCUAUGCGGUUGUCUGUUUGCAAGAAGGCUGAUCUUGAUGUUUAAUCUUGUGCAUUUAUCGAGAGUUGUAUUUGGUAACCUUACUAUAGGGGGAAAAUAAACGGCGUGGGUCGAUAAACGUCAUGUGACUCAAAAGUGAAAUGUGUAUUUACAACUUACCAGGUUGCCCUCACUGACACUCUUCCAAGCGAUGUCCUUUUAUUCCUGUCUCCUUUAUAGAAAUGAAAACUUGUGUCGUAUAGCUCCGAGUGACUGCUCACGGACAAUAUCAAGCGUUCCUUCAUGUUGAAUGAAUGACUCUGGGCGGGGCUGCCGCUACAGCAGCAAGCAGGCUCCUGAUUGGUUAACGCGAAGUAAAAAAAAUUUAACUCGAGCUUCAGCCGCAAAUUCACGUCAAACGCAAAAUGCACAAAAAGCACCAUUUGCUCAUACCGCGUCAGACCCUCAAUACGCGUCUUCACAUUGACUUAACAUUGAAAUUACUCGUGCUUGACGCCUCUACCGCGGCUGGUGGGAAUGCACCAUAACAGUCCUGCAACACCGCUCAACCGAACAGUGCAAAAGCACCAUACUGUAGAAAACAGCAGCACGUUAAGUUAAUGAUUACAAUGAAAUAAGCAGACAACGCAACAUAUGUGACCCUGGACAACAAAACCAGUCGUAUAAGUAUCGCUUGGUUUUUCAGAACAUUUUAACCAAUUGCUUUCAAAUGGUUAAAGUGGUGGGGAAAAAAUCAGCCAUUUCAAAAAGUGUUGGUGACAAGUCCCCAGUGUAAAUGACACAUAUGCGCACCAAACACAUAUUUUAACAUGACAAGCAAUACACGACGCUCAGAACAAAUAUUUAUAAUUUGCGCCACUUGAAUGAAAAGUCAUCAGCCGCCACUGUUUUUAAUUAGACUGUAGCUUUAGUAUCUGUCUUCAAUUAACUAUAUAGCUUUGUGAAAAGAUCAGUAUUUCUUUGCUAUUUAUUACCAAACCUUUUUUUAAUGCACAUGACUUUUGUCUUAUGUUCUUCAGCAAAUAUUUAAUAUCUGAUCUCAUGUGUUAUUUUAUUUUUGAAGUGCAGCUGACAUUUGGAUUGUACUUUAUUAUAACAUGAAAUAAAUGUUUUAAACCUGAA